AUGGUCCGCUACCGUAAGUCAAUGAAAAUUAGUCCCCCUUCUAAUUAUCACACCAUUCAAAACCAUCAUAUCGAUCACAAUAUACAUAUCCUCCAAACCCCACUCCAUGGACGUGAAUGCGGCAAGUCAAAUCAACAAUCUCCCGAGUUUCGCCAGAUCUCUGGUUACACUGGCAAUGUGUGCCAUAGAAAAUAUAUGAAGCCUUUUCCAGUGGUGGUAUUGACCCUAUCAUUGAAAGCUCAGUACAAUAAUGGCCAGAUCAACGAUCUACAAAGAUCAAGGUAUCAACGUUUCAUCACCGAAAAUGUCAUUGGGUAUUAUUUCCUUAAGAUAUCAUUAUACAAUUGUGCCACUGGAAAGAUAGAGGAUAACAAAUUAAACUCUACAAAAAUUGUUGUUGGGCAACUAUAUAAAGUCGCCGUGCCCAAUAAUCAACAUCAUUCUCAAGAGAAAAAUACCACAGAUUUUCACUCUUUAGUGUUCGAAUUCAAUGACUUGGGGAUCAAGUCCAAAGGAAACUAUCGUCUCAUAUUCCAACUAUACAAGGUGCAAAAUACUCAAAACGGCCCUCAUAUUGAGAAAUUAAAUUUGGUCUCGACCACCCCGUUCGAAAUUUUUUCUGGAAGAAAGUAUUAUAGUGAGGAAAGAAAAGAAGAACGUAAACUCAUGUUGGAUGCUAAAAAUAAGCUAUGUGAACCAAAGGAUCCAGGUCAUUUAUAUCCUGAAAGUGGCGGAAAAAAUGGCGGCAUCUUAGAGUUAUUGAAACAGUAUUAUGCCCAAACCAUAAAGGAUCAGAUCAUCAUUGACGAUGCCCAAUAUUUACAGAGCGAUGGUAUCAUUUCCAGUGAUGUUGUAAAUCAUUACGGAAAGAGGAAAACUGGAAAACGACUGGUGGCUGAGCAACAACUCCCUAUUUCUUCAAAGAAGCCAAGAUUGAACUCAGAAGAAUAUCCGCAAACUUUUCCUCCGAUAGAAACUGAUAUGAUAUCAACGUUUGAUUUGACUGAUGAAGCUUUCCAACUUGAUCAAUUACUAUCUGAGCCUUUUGAAAAUGGUACGAGAGACUCCACACCCCCCUUAUUUCACAUCCCAGAUUUGACUUCGUGUUCUAGUUCACGUUCUACCAGCUUGAAUGUCAAUACAAUAUCGAUGGAAGAUGCUUUAAAGUUGAGUAAUAAUCAACAACAACAACAACAACAACAACCAAAUACGGCGUUCCCCAUGCAAUACCCUCAAGCCCAUCAAAACCUUUUCAAUCCAACUUCUGAAGAUAAUCUUAUGAUGAAUGCCUCUCAAUCAAACAAUCACAAUAUGAUGACCGGCCUACACUACCAAAACAACUUUGAUGCUAACGAUCAUUACAAAUCCCUUCCAGAAAUCGUAAAUCAAUUUCCAAGACAAGAAGAAGCAAUUCUAAAUACUCCAGUUCUGGAACUACCGGUGAUUGGCUACAAUGAUUACAAUAGGUUAGACUAUGGGAGAAUGGACAAUAGUCAUGGUAUUGUCAAUGUGAAUUCUGGAACCGACGAUCUUCUAGAAUAUUAUAUGGGAUCGCAUCUCAUGAGAAAAACCAGUUAA